GACUGACAAACGUAACAGGCAAAAUUAGCAGCUGGUUUCUGGGCCCUUACCCGGGCAACUGUUGCCACGCCGCUGACCGAGGAUGACCCGAACUUUGGGCUCUGUCCCAAAGGAUUCUACUGUCCAGAGGGCUCCACCACCCCCAACCCCUGUCCCAUGGGCACAUAUGGAGCCUCAGCGAAGCUACAAGCCCUAUCGGACUGCACUGACUGUGACGCCGGAUACGCCUGCCCGUUCCAAAAUAUGACAGCCAAGGGCUCAAUAUGUUCAUCCGGAUACUUCUGCAUCUCCAACUCCAUAGAGACGCAGCCUGUGAGCAAGUCGUAUGGAGACAUUUGUCCAACAGGCUACUAUUGUCUACAAGGCGAUUCUGCUGCCCGCCCUUGUGCGGCAGGCAGCUACGCCCCAACAGCAGGGAUGUCAUCCUGUCUUGACUGCCCCGUGGGAAAAUACUGCCCACAAAACACCACAAAUCCAUUCAGUUGCCCCAUGGGAUAUUACUGCCCGUUGGAUACAACAUCAGAGCGAGCUUUCCCAUGCCCCAUUGGAAAGUUUAACAAUUUGACUGAGCGCGUUCAGGCGUCUGACUGUAUCAACUGUCCAGCAGGCUACUACUGCGACUCACAGGGCCUUGCCUACCCCACGGGUCAGUGUGACCCAGGGUGGUAUUGCACGGUUUCUGCGGUAACAGCUCAGCCCCAGGUCGCAGCCCAGGGCGGUCAGUGCAAAAAGGGCAACUACUGUCCAGCAGGAAGUGGGGCCCAGAUCCAGUGUGAUCCCGGUCAUUUCUGUGCAAAUGAUGAGCAAUCCAGUACCAAUGGAACGUGUUCAGCAGGCUACUUCUGUUCUGGAUCAUCCACAAUGGCCAUGCCAGUCGGACAGGCGUUUGGUGACAUCUGUCCAAAGGGCCACUACUGCAUCCAGGGCAGUGCUAGCGGUGCAAUGUGCCCGCCGGGAACAUUCCUGAACACUACGGGCGGAGUGGCAGAGUCGGACUGCAUUGAGUGCACGCAGGGCUACUACUGCGCAGGUUAUGGAAACAUUGCGGUGACCGGUCAGUGCGCUGGCGGCUACUACUGUCCUCCCAGGAUGAACGUGAGCAAUCCCUCGACAUACACUUGUCCUCAAGGUCAUUACUGCCCGGUCGGAAGUCACGAGGCGGUGCGAUGUCUUUCUGGAACAUACCAAGAUGAGACUGGCCAGUCCUCGUGUAAAACCUGCCCUCAGGGUCACUUCUGUGACAACACCAUCGCUCCAGUCGUACUCUUCAACAACAGCCAUUGCCCACAAGGUUACUACUGCCCCAAUGGUACCAAAUACAGCAGCCAGUACCGCUGCCCGACCGGUACCUAUGGCAACAGUACGGGUCUGUUCCAGAUCUCCGAGUGUACCCCAUGCCCGGGUGGAUACUAUUGCGACCAGCAGGCACAGACCAUGUACACGCUGCUGUGUAACCCUGGCUUCUACUGUCGUCAAGGUGCCAAGACUGGAACUCCUAUGCAGGACGACGAUGCAUACGAGUGUCCAGUUGGCCAUUUCUGUCCCGAGGGAACCAGCGAGCCCCAGAAAUGUCCUGCAGGCAGCUACUCCAACAGCGUGCGUCUGACUAGCGCUGCCGAAUGUACCCCGUGCACCGCCGGAGAGUUUUGCGAGCAAGCCGGAAUGACCACCACAAAUGGGACGUGCUACGCCGGAUAUUACUGCCCUAAUGGAUCCAGCAGUCCGCGGGAGGUGGACUGUCCCAAGGGAUUCUUCUGUGGCAAUGGAACAGCAACACCAUCCCCAUGUCCUAAAGGCACAUAUUCCAACCAGACCAACUUGAUGACCACGUCGCAGUGUGACCCGUGUCCCGGGGGCUAUUACUGUCUGGAGGAGGGACUAGAGGCACCCAGUGGACUUUGUGGUGCAGGCUACUACUGCCCCCAGGGUAUGAUCUACCAGCAGCCCAGUGCCUACCCUUGCCCUGUCGGCCAUUACUGUCCUAACGGAUCGUCCCAGGCUUUACCAUGCAAGAACUACACUGAGGCUCCAACCACUCUCACUGUGGAGUGCAAUGCCUGUCCCGCAGGUUACUACUGUGACGAGACCAUCGGCAUGCGAGUGGUCUGCCCCGCGGGAUAUUUCUGCCCUGAAGGAACCGGAGCAGACUGGCAGGCGUGCCCGCGCGGUACCUAUAGCAACACAACCGGAUUACAUAACUCUAGCCAGUGUACGCCGUGCGAUGCCGGAAAAUAUUGUGGGACUGAACAUCUAACUCAACCAACUGGUAACUGUGCUGCCGGGUAUUACUGCGUAUCUGGCGUUGACAUGGAAAGUCCAGACGGCAACAACGCCGGCGAUGGGGCUAUCUGCCCUCUUGGUCACUACUGCCCGACAGGAAGUAAGACGUACACACCGUGUCAGAACGGAACCUACACCAACACGCUCGGCCAGGCGACCUGCCAUACAUGCGAGGAAGGCUACUACUGCCCGGAUAACACCUCGGAUUACACGGCAUUCCCAUGUCCCAGUGGCCAUUACUGCAGGCCUGGUACCAGGGAGCCGUAUCAGUAUAAAUGUCCGGCAGGAACAUUCAACAAUGGGACACACAAAAUAGACAUUGACGGCUGCUUUGACUGCACACCGGGCUCGUACUGCGAGACAGAUGGGCUCUCACAGCCCACGGGCCUCUGUUCUGCGGGCUACUACUGCAUUGCGGGCUCCAGCACUCCCACACCCACGAGCCAAGGGGGCGGCAUUUGCACGUCGGGGAACUUCUGUCCCGAGGGCUCGACCCAGAUGACCAGCUGUCUGCCGGGCAAGUACUGUGCGGGAGAUAAUCUGAACGAUACAUCAGGCAAUUGCCAGGCCGGGUAUUAUUGCACCCUUGGGGCAAAGACCGCAAACCCAACUACUGGUACCACAGGAAACAUCUGCCCAGUCGGACAUUAUUGUGAGACGGGUAGCAGCGUACCAACCAAAUGCGUGCCUGGUUUCUACCUCCCAACAACCGGAAGCCAAAAUGUCAGUGCCUGCAUAUCGUGCACUCCUGGAAAGUACUGCGCUGGCAACGGACUGUCCGCGCCGACCGCAAAUUGUUCUGCAGGCUACUACUGUCCCGGUGGUCAAGACAAUGCCAGCCCUGUCGGCCUCGCGUGCACGCUGGGACAUUACUGCAUUGGCGGAAGCCACGAGCCGAAACGCUGCGCAUCUGGAUACUACCAGGAUGAAACAGGACAAUCCUCGUGUAAGAUGUGUCCCGCUGGAUUCUUCUGUGACAGUACAAUGAGUCCAGUGGUUUUGUACAAUAACACUUGGUGCCCUGUUGGAUUUUACUGCCCGGCAGGAACGCGAUACAGUACUGAAUAUCCAUGCCAGAUCGGAACUUUUGUGAACGUGACGCACCGUACAGCUUCAAGUGAAUGCCUUCCUUGCACUGGAGGGAUGUAUUGUAGCCAGACGGGGCUGUCUGCCCCUGUGGGACCAUGCGAUGCUGGUUACUACUGUACAACUGGGGCCCAAAGCAAAACCCCGAACCAAUUAACAGACGCCAACAUCUGCACAACGGGCAACUACUGCCCCCAGGGUACGACCACACCCUUAAACUGUCCCCCAGGGACCUACAACGACCAGACGGGUAAGACGGCCGUGUCAGAAUGCAAGGUCUGCACGGGCGGGAGAUAUUGUCCCCGAUACGGACAGACUUCCGUGUUGUCUACCGAGAAAUGCCAAAAAGGAUACUACUGCACUUCCAAGGCGAAUGUUGCCAACUUCACCCUCUGUCCUGCGGGCCACUACUGUCAGGAGGGGGCGGCUCAACCCGUGCCCUGCCCCAUGGGAACAUUCUCCAACACCACGGGACUGACCGGCAGCCAUGAGUGCACUCAGUGUCUCGAGGGUUAUUACUGUCCAACAGCUGGCCAGACGGAGUCCACUGACAUGUGCUGGGGUGGCUACUACUGUCAGGCUGGAUCCUCUGUACCCAACCCCUCGGCCUUCAUCUGUCCCCUGGGUCUUCACUGCCCCAAUGGAUCCAGCACUGGAUUGCAAUGCCCAGAAGGAAUGUACACAAGUGCCUCAGGAAUGUCUGCAUGCCUGACAUGCCCGGCUGGAUUCUACUGUCUUCCCGUAACCAUUGCCAACGCCACCCUGAACUCCCAGAGUUGUCCCGCGGGCUAUUACUGCCCCGCAGGCACUGGCAAAAACUGGCAACCUUGCCCGGCGGGCACCUACAACCCCUCAAAGGGGCUGGCCAACGUGACGCAGUGCACAAAGUGUGACGCCGGGAAGUACUGUCAGGGAGAGGCCAACAUAGCUGUGGACGGUCAAUGUACUGCAGGCCACUAUUGCACACUGGGUGUUGACACGCCCACACCAGACGGCACCAACAACACGGGAACCGGCGGGAUAUGCACGGUGGGGCACAAGUGUCCCCCGGGAUCCACCAUCCCGUCUCAGUGUGAGGCAGGAAGGUUCAACAACCAGACGGGCCAAUCCGCCUGUACCAUAUGUCCCGCGGGAUAUUACUGUGUGGCCGCAUCCGUUGAGUACAUCAGCUUCCCUUGUCCAAAGGGUCACUAUUGCCUUGCUGGUACUGGCGUAUCUACCGCAUACAAGUGCGCUGCUGGAUCCUACAACCCUGUAGAGGGCGCCAUUAGCAUCGCAGCGUGUCUUGCAUGCCCUGGCGGACUCUACUGUGCUGGGCAAGGUAACGAGGCACCGACUGGCGGAUGUUACGCUGGAUGGUAUUGCUCCGGCGGGUCAAGUCUGCCGAAUACGACUACGCACGGCGGGAAAUGCUCCGGUGGAUUCUAUUGCCCAGCUAAUUCCUCUGACCCUCAGAAAUGUGACCCAGGAAAAUAUUGUGAAACGGAAGGUCUGGCCCUACCCACAGGCAACUGUAGCGCAGGCUACUACUGCAUUCUACAAGCAUCCGUUGCCAAGCCGACCAACGGUGUCACUGGUAACGUCUGCCCGGCAGGCUUCUACUGUGAGGAGGGUGUGUCCAGCCCCACCCCCUGCAGCCCCGGCACGUUCAGUAGCUCAACCCAGAAAACCAAGGUGGCAGACUGCAACCCCUGCACGGCUGGGCAGUACUGCCCCCACUACAACAUGACCACCACCAGCGGAAACUGCAGUGCUGGCUACUACUGUCCCCAAGGGGAGAGCACUGCAAAUCGCCUGGCAUGCCCAGUGGGUCACAGGUGCCCAUCAGGAAGCGCCAUCUAUGAGCUGUGUCCUAACGGAGAGUACCAAGACCUCUCGGCCCAACCCACAUGCAAAGUGUGCCCUUCUGGCUACUACUGUGAUAACAGUCUUGGGGUUGUCAACAUCUCGGCGGCCAUUUUGUGUCCCACUGGUUAUUACUGCCCUCCAGGCACUCCUAGAUCCAACAUCUACCCAUGUGAUAUCGGCACGUUCAACAACUAUACGGGUAUCAACCAAUCAAGCGACUGCACCAACUGCUCUGCAGGCUACUACUGCGCAACCAAUGGUCUCACCGUACCCACGGGCCCAUGUAACGCAGGCUACUUCUGCAAGACCGGGGCUGAAACUGCAUCUCCCACGCAGGGGAUCUACGCAAAUGUUUGCCCCAAAGGCUCAUACUGUCCAGUUGGUACUGAGGAUCCCAUCCCGUGCCCUGCGGGAACUUUCGGUGCGGCCACAAAACUAGGAGCAGAGAGCGAAUGUACCCCAUGCACAGCUGGUCACUACUGUACGGCCACGGGACUAACCGCUGUGGAGGGCCAGUGUGUGGCCGGAUACUACUGCGUCCAGGGGUCCAACACUUCCAUGCAGUACAUCUGUACACCAGGACACUACUGCCCGCAAGGCUCUCCCAUGCCUGAACGAUGUCCUGAGGGCACAUUCAACACCUACGAAGGUCUCAUUAACGAGACCCAGUGUACCCCAUGUCUGGCGGGCGAUUACUGCGGUGUGGAGGGUCUCAACACGACAUCCGGGCCCUGUGCUGCGGGCUUCUACUGCCCGCCGGGUCAGGACACGGCCUCACCUGUAACCUACCCGUGCACCCUGGCUCACUACUGCCCUGGUCAGACUGUCAUACCCAUUCCCUGCGCUAAUGGCACCUACAUGAACCACACACAGGGGGCGGCUUGCUAUACUUGCCCGGCAGGAUCUUACUGCGUGAAUGGAGAGGUAGUGGGUCCCUGUCCGGCGGGAUAUUACUGCCCGGAUCACACGGACUUCAACUGGCAGCCAUGCCCUCCCGGAACGUACAACGACGACACCGGAUUGAAGGCGGAGGCCGAUUGCAAGGCUUGUACAGGAGGUCAUUACUGUCCGGAUUACAAUGCGACCAGUCCGGGACCCAACUGCACUGCUGGAUAUUGGUGCCAGUAUGGACUGGAUCGUGCCGACCCGUCGGAUUGCAACGGAACUGAUGCGUGUAACUGCUCAGGCGCCCAGACCGGAUAUGGUGGUAUCUGUCCUAUUGGCCACUACUGCCCUGCUGGCACAACCAAUCCGUUCCCUUGCCCUCAGGGUUUCUAUAACAACAUGACUGGAAAGGAUACAUGCAACCCUUGUCCAGCGGGAUACUACUGCACAGAAGGUACUGGUGACUAUGAAGACCAACCAUGUCCUGCGGGCCAUUAUUGCCCAGCGGGAACGUACGUCGCAACUCAGUUCCCAUGUCCCGCUGGAACAUACUACAACGAUACCAUGGCAACAGAAUUUGACGACUGCAUCUACUGUACACCCGGCUACUACUGCCUGAACCCUGGUCUUUCCUAUCCAUCGGGACAGUGUAACCCAGGUUACUUCUGCUCCAACGCCUCCUCCAGUGCCACGCCUGUUCUCGGCCCCAUGGGCGGUCCCUGUGACCCAGGGUUCUACUGUCCAGUGGGGUCGGCCGCCAAGAGGUCAUGUGACCCAGGAAUGUACUGCCAGACGGCACUUCUUGCAGCGCCAACAAACAACUGCUCGGCUGGAUAUUACUGCACCCUGGAGGCAAAGACUGCCACACCCACAGACAAUGUGACGGGGAACAUCUGUCCCAUGGGUCACUACUGUCCAGAGGGUAGCUCCAUGGCAACCGCGUGCGACACCGGCUACUUCCUGAACGUGACUGGUUCCGAUGCCUUGUCUGACUGCUUGAUCUGCACUGGAGGAAUGUAUUGCCAGGGAACCGGUAACGCACAACCGGCCGGAACAUGCGAUCCGGGCUACUAUUGCCCACCCGGACAGAAUGAUUCAGCUCCGGUUGAUUAUGUGUGCCCCAUUGGCCACUACUGUCCUGGUGCCAACGACGCUCCACUUCGAUGCCUGAACGGCUACUAUCAGACGCAGACGACGCAGUCUACCUGUGACAUUUGUGACCCAGGCUACUUCUGCGACAACACGGUCAACAUUGCGUACGUCAACACAUCAUCGAUCUGUCCGGAGGGUUACUAUUGUCCGGCCGGAACAGAACGCAGCAAUCAGUACCCAUGCCCCAUUGGAACUUUCAACAAUCUGACGGGCUUGGAGGCAGUGUCUCAGUGUACACCAUGUCUCGGCGGUUUCGCCUGCCCGGUUACAGGAAUGACCCAGAUGCUGGACAUUUACAAGUGUGUGGCCGGAUAUUACUGCAGGACGGGCGCAAACAUCACUACUCCGAAUCAAGGAACGGAUGCCAAUACCUGUCCAGCAGGCAAGUACUGCCCAUUGGGAACAACCGACCCGGUUUCCUGCCCAAUCGGCACCUACAGUAACAUGACUGGGCUUGACGCAGAGGGGGACUGCAUGCAGUGUCCUGCCGGAAUGUACUGUGAUGGCACGGGACUUGUGUAUCCCACGGGACUGUGUCUGCAAGGUUACUACUGUGAGAUCGGUUCCAACCGAAGUACUGAGUAUAUCUGCCCUGCAGGCAGCUACUGUCCAGUGGGCUCCAAAGUUCCCACGCCCUGUCCAGCAGGCACAUUCAGCAACACCCAGGGGAUGUGGAACAUGUCCUCUUGCACACAAUGUGACCCCGGAAAAUACUGCAACGACACUGGAUUGACAAGCAACGUGAACCAGUGUGACCCAGGCUUCUACUGCCCGGGUGGUCAGUCAGUGCCCAACCCAAUAGCAUACCCAUGCCCCAUCGGGCUCCAUUGUCCCGCAGGUACUGGCACCCCAGUCCCAUGUGAGCCAGGAUUCUUCACCAACCUCACCCAGCAGUCGACCUGCCUUGUGUGCCCCGCUGGGUUCUAUUGUGUGCCAGAGGAAGUCAUAGCUGGAAACUCCAAGUCCGGUUACUCAUUGUGCCCAGAAGGAUUUUACUGCCCGCAAGGAACUGGACGAAACUGGACUGGAUGUCCGGCAGGAACAUUCUCCAACGUCAAGGGACUAGACGAUGAAUCCGACUGCACACCGUGUCUGCCCGGAAAGUACUGUGAUGUAACCAAUCUUACUGCACCCGUUGGUAAUUGCGAUCCGGGUUACUUCUGCACAUCUGGGGUAAACACCCCGCAACCGGAUGGCACAUCAAACACUGGAGUUGGUGGUAUAUGUCCACCUGGACACCAGUGCCCACUGGGAAGUGAUGUAGCGGACAGCUGUCUGGAUGGAUAUUAUCAGGAUUUGGAUACCCAAGCAGCCUGCAAGCUCUGUCCGGCGGGCUACUACUGUGUGGCAGGCAGCACCAACUAUAGCUCCACCCCCUGUCCCAGCGGCCAUUACUGCCUCGAUGGAACCACCUUCGACAAGAAAUACCCGUGUCUCAAGGGAACAUUCAACGCACUCACUGGCAUGCAGAACUCAACUGCCUGCCUGCCUUGUACCCCGGGUAGCUACUGCGGAACUGCCGGGCUCAGCGCCCCAACCAACACGUGUGACCCUGGCUGGUACUGCACCUCAGGAUCUUUCUUGGCGCAGCCCACAAGCCCAGAGGGUGGCAAGUGUUUGAGGGGUACCUACUGCCCACGAGGUAGCUACACACCCACGGGCUGUAACCCCGGGUCUUACUGCAGCACCGACAUGCUCUCCGCGGUAACGGGUAACUGUACUGCAGGAUACUAUUGUACGGGAAACUCCACCACGGCUAUACCAACUGGAACUGGUGGUGACAUCUGUCCGACGGGAAGCUACUGUGUGUCCGGGAGCCCAAGCCCGACCCCCUGUGCCCCGGGAACGUUCAACCCAAGCACCAAGGCAGUGGACAUCACCAAAUGCCUCUCGUGCACAGCAGGGAAAUACUGUGGGGCCUCGGGACUGUCGGCAGUCUCCGGCAACUGUCAGCAAGGCUACUAUUGCCCUGCUGGUCAGGCCACUGCCACGCCCGCUACAUAUGAAUGUCCCGCGGGAUACUACUGUGCGUCGGGAGUCAGCACAUACACCAUCUGUCCAUCUGGGCAGUACCAGGACGAGACGCGUCAAUGGGCGUGCAAGCAAUGCAUGAAGGGAUUCUACUGCGACAACUCUAACGGCCCCAUUCUCAACUAUACACUGACAGUCUGCCCCAAUGGUCAUUACUGCCCCAACGGCACCCAGACGGCCAGGCAGUACCCGUGUCCAUCUGGAACGUACAAUGACGGGACGGGACUGACUGACUCCACUGAAUGUACUCCAUGCAUGGGGGGCCACUACUGCACCUCUGGCACGACAACACCGACCCUCAAGUGCUCAGCAGGGUUCUACUGCCUCAACAGCUCCAAGACAGCCUCUCCGACACAAGGUCCCGAAGCCAACCAGUGUCCUGUCGGCCAUUAUUGCCCCGAGGGGACGGUGGAGCCGAUAAAUUGUCCGGUGGGAACGUUCUCCAACACGGUCCGUCUGAUGAACGUGUCACAGUGCACGCAGUGUACUCAAGGGUAUUACUGUAAUGUUGAAGCUCUGACAGCCCCUGUUGCCAAAUGCAGACCUGGAUUCUACUGUGAGACUGGCUCCACCAACGACUCCCCUGUUGUGUGCCCCGCAGGACGCUAUUGCCCAGAAGGUACCCACACGCCAACGAGAUGUCCCACGGGAACUUUCUCCAAUGCCACGCAGUUAAGCCACGCUGACAACUGCACCCAGUGCACCGCGGGUUUCUACUGUACCACCACAGGACUCACUGCACCAGAGGGGAACUGUACGCAAGGCUACUACUGCCCGACAGGCUCAAAGGCAGGUGCCACAACCAAAUGUCCAAUACCGUACUACUGCCCAGAAGGCAGCGCUAGCCCGGUGGAGUGUCCAGCAGGUUCCUACACCACUCAGACCACACAGUGGCAGUGUGUGACUUGUCCACAAGGGUCCUACUGUGUCUAUGAUAAUGUCGUCUCUGGAAGCGUUACCUCGGUGAGAUUAGCCUGUCCUAGGGGCUACUACUGCCCUCAGGGGACGGGCUAUGACCAACAACCCUGUCCCAAGGGCACUUUCAGCAACUCCCUGAGUCUCUCAAAUGCCACUCAAUGUACCCACUGCACCGGUGGUUACUAUUGUGAUACUGAAGGUUCCACCGCAGUCAAGGCCAAGUGCUAUGCUGGAUACUGGUGCCAGUCCGGCGUUGAUCGACCAGACCCUGAUAACGACGCCGACCCCAGCACGUACAAUACCACUUGUGGACUCGGGGGCCACACAGGUUAUGGCAGCCUAUGUCCAAUCGGCCACUACUGUCCCGAGGGAAGCACCCUCCCAACACCGUGUGUGGCCGGAACUUAUCAAGAUGAGCAGGGAAAGAGCUUCUGUAAAGGCUGCCCAGCAGGCUACUACUGUUUGGUCCAGGCGUCCAACUACACAAGCACUGUCUGCCCCAAGGGUUACUACUGCCCGGCAAACACGACCUCCGCCAGCCAGUACGCUUGCAGCAUUGGCACGUUCAACCCAAACCUUCAGAUGACGGACGUUGCCGCGUGUGUCAAAUGCACUCCUGGAUCGUACUGUGGCAGUAAGGGACUGGCUGAGCCCACUGGAGUCUGCGACUGUGGAUACUAUUGCACGGAGGGUGCUACUCAGAGGAACCCGAAUGUUGCAGCCGAAGGCGGGAAAUGCAAGUUCACUAAUGGACAAGGGUACUACUGCCCCAGUAACAGCUCUGCCCCAGUGGUGUGUGACCCAGGCUACUACUGCUCCACCGAGAAACUGUGUGCGCCUUCAGGCCAAUGUGAUGCAGGUUACUGGUGUUUCAACGGGAGCUACUAUCAUCAGCCCCAGGACGGAGUGGUCGGUGACAAGUGCCCCAAGGGCCACUACUGCCCCAUGGGUAGCGGGGCUGGUAUCCCUUGCCCUUCAGGCUACUUCCUGAAUGCUCGUGGUAGCACGAGCAACGCCAGUUGUACCAUCUGCACCAAAGGCAAGUACUGUGAGACAGAGGGCCUGGACACUCCCACGGGUAACUGUGCUGCGGGCUACUACUGUCCUGCGGGUCAGUCCACCUCCACCCCCGCUGCCUAUAGCUGUCCUGUGGGCCACUUCUGCGCGGGAGGCCUGGCCGACCCGGUUGUGUGCCCCGAUGGGCAGUACCAGGACCUGCCAAUCCAGUCAGCAUGUAAGAGCUGUCCUGCAGGAUACUACUGUGACAAGGGAAGAUAUGGCCCCAUCUCGAACUACUCCCAGUACUUGUGUCCCGAGGGCAGCUACUGCCCAGUAGGCACGAAGUACGAGGACCAAUACCUCUGCCCGCUUGGCACCUUCAACAAUGUCACAGGUUUAACUCACUCGGACAACUGCACACAAUGUGUGGGUGGUAUGGCGUGUGACGAUACAGGACUCACGUAUCCCAAGAAUCCAUGCUCCGCAGGCUACUACUGCAUCUUGGGCGCCAAGUCUCAGACUCCCACGCAAGCCCCGCUGGCUGCCAAGUGUCCCACGGGUUCUUAUUGCCCCCAGCAGACAGCUGACCCUGUCCCGUGCCCCGCCCGAACAUUCAACCCCAGCGAGGGACUGCAUUCAGAGUAUCAGUGCUUGAAUUGUACCGGCGGCAAAUAUUGUAAUGACACAGGCCUCAGUGCAGUAGUAGGACCAUGUUCCGUGGGAUUCUACUGCCCCGUGGGGAGCCUCAGUUCCACAGAGUUGCAGUGCACUGUGGGUAACUACUGCCCGCUUGGCUCUGAGAACCCCACACAGUGCCCCAACGGAACUUUCUCCAACAAUCUGGGAAUUGGGGCUGCCUCCGACUGCGUGCAGUGUAACCCAGGCUACUACUGCAAUGGAAAGGGUCUGACCAACGUGACUGGCUUGUGUAAAGAAGGCUACUACUGCCCACUGGGAAGCAGCGUAGAGACGCAGGUGAUCUGUCCAAUCGGCAAGCACUGUCCCACGGGUUCAGCCACCCCCCAGGACUGUCCCCCAGGAUACUACACUGGCGCCACGGGCGAGUUCACAUGCGCCGUCUGCCCAGAAGGUUUCUACUGUGUGGCUGCCAACGUGAAAGCCGGCAACAUCAGCACGGUCAAAACUCUGUGUCCAGCCGGAUAUUUCUGCCGGAACGGAACCGGAUACGACUGGCAACCGUGUCCUGAAGGCACUUUCAGCUCCGUCGAGGGUCUCACGAAAGAACAGGAGUGUACCGCCUGCCUCGGUGGAAUGUACUGCGACCGAACCAACCUCACUUCUCCGGCUGCCCAAUGCGCUGCUGGUUACUACUGCACAUCCGGUGCCCUGUCUUCCAAUCCCACAAUGGUCUACAGCAGCCAGUGUCCAGCGGGAACCGUCCACCCAAUAAUUGGUGAUAUAUGUCCUGUUGGCCAUUACUGCCCAAUUGGAUCGGACAAGCCGAUUGGCUGCAUGGCUGGAACUUACCAAGAUCUGACCAAUCAGGAUCACUGUAAGGCCUGCCCCUCAGGUUACUACUGCCCGGCCAACACCAGCGACUACAACUUGUUUGAUUGUCCGUCUGGUCAUUAUUGCCCAGUCAACACAACAUAUGCUACACAGUACAGAUGUCCACCUCAGACGUUCAACAAUCUAACAAAUGGUCACUCUCUUGAUGACUGUGAGUCGUGUAUCCCUGGCAUGUACUGCGAGGGCUACGGUAACGUGUGGCCCACUGGGGACUGCGCCCCUGGGUACUACUGUACCAACGGGUCCGACACCGCAAGGCCCACAAUCCAGGGAGGUAGAUGCCAGGCUGGCACAUUCUGCCCCGCCGGAGCAAGUUACGCCUACAAUUGCACUCUGGGAAUGUACUGCAGUCAGGCGGAACUCGAUGCGCCGCAGGGUUUCUGCAACGGGGGAUACUAUUGUCCAGGAGGUGCAAAGAGCCCGCAGGAGAUUGAAUGUCCGGUGGGCCACUUCUGCCCCAAUGGUACGGGCCUCCCGCAGGCUUGCAGGAACGGGACGUACGGGCCCGUCAAGAGGCUCAAGGUUGAGGCGGAGUGUCUACUGUGCGACGGAGGAUAUUACUGCAAUGGCACUGGGCUGUCUGCAGUCUCUGGACAGUGUGAUGCUGGGUUCUACUGCCCAGACGGUCAGUCCCAGCCAGACCCGUUCCCGUACCGUUGCACUCCUGGAUAUUACUGCAUUGCGAGGUCAGCUAACCAGGUCAUCUGCCCCAAUGGUUACUACCAGAAUGAGUACCAGAAACACGACUGCAAGCUGUGUCCACCUGGCUACUUCUGUGACAAUUCAAACGGACCAAUCGGUAACCUCUCCAACUACGAGUGUCCCAAUGGCUAUUACUGCCCAGGUGGCGUCAACCGGUCUAACGAAUACGCCUGCCCACCAGGAACAUAUAACAACAAGACGAUGCUUGUUGCAGUGAGCGAGUGUCAACCAUGCGUGCCCGGAUAUUAUUGCCAGAACAAGGGACUACCCGAACCAGAGGGAUUGUGCUUCCCAGGUUUCUUCUGUAACGGCAGUACCAUUCUGCCCAACUCCCCGUCUGCUGUCUGCCCGAUAGGAAACUACUGUCCUGAAGGAAGUUACGAACCUACGCCGUGUCCAUCAGGCACCAUAGCAACAGGAACCGGAAACUCCAACCUCACAGAUUGCGAGCCUUGCAAACCCGGGAACUAUUGCACGGCCAUCAGCUCUCAGAAUGGCGUCACUCUAAGUUUCAGUCUACGCUGUGCGGCAGGUUACAUUUGCAUGACUGGCUCCAACGUGGCCACCCCGACAGAUAGAGUCAUUGGUUACAUUUGUCCUGUGGGCUACUAUUGCUUGGAGGGCGCAGUUAUUGAGUUAGCCUGCGCACCCGGCACAUACCAACAGGCCACUGGAAAAGACUACUGUGACGUGUGUCCGGCUGGAACCACAUGUCCAUACACGGCGAUGAACGCGACCUUGCCAUGUCCUGCCGGAUACUACUGCCCGAACGGAACAGUCGACAAUGGAGAACCAUGCCUGCCAGGCACCUUCAACCCCAACCAGGGUGUCGACACACCGGGUAACUGCCUCGCCUGUCUGCCCGGGAAAUACUGCGAUGGAGUAAACCCGGCUGCUACCACGGGUAACUGUUCCGCAGGCUAUCUCUGUUUGGGUAACGCUACCACACCAACACCAAACACUGGAAACAACAAGCCCUGUCCCGUGGGCCACUACUGCCUAGAAGGUACCUCUGCUGCAACACCCUGCCCCCAUGGUACGCUGCGCAACAGCACCCACGGUAAAAGUGUUGACGAUUGCCUCCCCUGCACGGGCGGUAAAUACUGCAAUGGGUUGGCCCUCGUUGCGCCCUCUGGUCCCUGUGCUCAGCGCUACUACUGCCCAGCCAUCGCUGACGUUUUUGAUCCACAACCCACUGAAUUCCUCUGCCCCACUGGAUCCUAUUGCCCAGCAGACUCAGCUGACCCUGUUCCCUGCAACCCCGGGACCUACCAAGAUAACGAGGGAGAGAUCACUUGUGACCCGUGUCCUGCAGGCUACUACUGCCCCGCCAACACCACCAACCCUAUCGACUGCGGGAACUACUCAUACUGCCCCCAGGGGUCCCGGGCCCCUACCCUGUGUCCCAACGGGACCUUCAAUGAUGUCUACAUGAAUCUUAUGGCACCAGAAGAUUGCAAAGCCUGCACUGCAGGAAAGUACUGUACAGGAGGUCAGAUUUCCGGCCCGUGUCAAGCCGGAUUCAUUUGCUGGAGCGGUAUUGGGGUAUCCAAUCCGGACAGUUCAUAUGAACCUAAUGGCGGGCCCUGUGACUAUGGGUUUUACUGUGUAGAAGGAACGCAAACACCGGAAACCUGUCCACCAAAUCAAUUCAUCAACAAAGAAGGUGCUGCGUCUCAAGGAGAAUGUCAGCCGUGUCCGGGUGGAAGGAUCUGUCCGGAAAAUUCCACAGUUUCUGAACCUUGCUGGGCUGGAUACUACUGCAUGGUCAAUGAAUCUCCUGCAAAGUGUUGGAAUGGUACGUACAACAGCAAGACGGGCAUGAGCGACGCGAGUGCCUGCCUACACUGCCCACCUGGUUACUUCUGUGACGAAGAGGCCAUCGCCAACUACACGACCAACCCCUGCCCCCUCGGCUACUUCUGUCCUAAUGCGACCAUUAUCCCGGAACCAUGUCCUAUGGGCACAUAUAGGGACAUAAUUGCUGCAGAGAGUGAACUAGAUUGCUUCCCCUGUCCAGGAGGCUCCUAUUGUCCGGACACAAACAUGACCUUUGCUGGAUAUCCGUGUGUAGAUGGGGAAUAUUGUCCUGAAGGGGCUCAGAUUAAGCGCAUGUGUAAAGCUGGCUACUUCUGCAACAACUCCGAGACCCAGAUAUCGUGUCCACCUGCGUACUACUGCCCUGAGAACUCCACCCAGCCCACUAAGUGUCCACGUGGUAGCUACUGUACUGGAAACUACUUUGACACCUGCAACUGCACCGAUGCCGGGGCCAUUGAACCAACCAUGUGCCCCCCCGGCUGGGGAGAAAAGAUCGGGGCCAAGUGGAUCACGCUUGACGACACUUGCGCGCCGUGCAGGGCCGGCUACUACAGUGCAGCAGACGGCAGUGGUUGUCUCCCUUGUCGGGCAGGAGUUGUCUGUCUUGAUAAAGCCACAAUGGACAACCCUGUGGCAAACAACAGCGAUCUAGCGUACAUCUUUGGACCGAAUGGAACAAACUCAUACAUUUGCCCACCAGGUUACUACUGCCCUGAAGCUAGUGGUUUCGAAACUGGAUGUCCCACUGGAACGUACAACUACGAACUCGGUAUGACGUCCCUUAGCGACUGCAUUGCCUGCCCGAUUGACCACUUCAACCACUUGACUGGUCAAACCGGUUGCUUCUUCUGCGGUGGCGAGGCCAAACAACCGCACACAGGUCAAGCCAGCUGCGAAUGUUCUGGAAAUGGUCGAGAUUUCCAGGAAACCGAUCGUCAGUGCCCGUGCGCUGCCGGGUUCAAGGAGAUCGAUGGGGAUGAUGACUGCAUCAAGGAUGUGCUUGACAACUGCGGUAGUGACGAGUAUCGCUUCAUGGACGGCUCAUGUCUCAACGCUGAUGGAUUUAAGGAAGUCUGCUCUACCAAGUACUGCAAGGAAGGCGAGUACAAGGGAUUCAUAGCCCAGAAGGGAAUCUGUCUGUGCAAGGCAGACGACCUUGAGGCGCUGUGUAACACAGCCUGUCGCAAGGCCUCCGCCUUACGGAUGCAGUUCGUCUGCUCAAGCGCUCCUAAAGACUCCUACCUUCAAGUGCAAGACAAGUCUGGAAACAUCAAGAAACAAUGGGUAUCAUCCGCAAUGACUGCAGUGAUCAACGCAGAGAACGCUCUGACCCGUGACCAGUGUGACAGCCUUGAUGACACGUCACAUGCUGUCCAUUUCAUGAUCAGCACACCUGAUGGCUUCUUAGGUGUCUAUGAACCUGAUGCGGACGCCCUAACCUCCAUUGUCGACAGUCAAGUAAAGACCAACCUUACUGGUAACGCCACCGACGACAGUGAAAUCACGUACUACGGGCGUCGACGCCUCCUUGCUACAACCACAUACCAGGGCACAAACUUCACAGGCAUUACCAACCCAAUCAUCUGUCUGAAGAAUGGAGAGUUCAUGAUGUGGGCCGUGGAUAACACCAACUAUCCGGUAUACGACAGGAACAAUCUCUUCAAUACCAACUCGCAAUUUGACUAUGGUGGGUUCCGUGCCCUGGCAGAGGCACAAGCGCAGGUCGGCACGACAACCACCUUGUUUGCCUACCAGUUCAACGAUCCGGGAACCUAUGUGUUCUACUCCAGCGCUGACCAAUUCAAGAAAAUGUAUAUCAGUGUAAUGCAGCCUGCAACCCAGUGCGCCCAGACGGGACCAUUCUUCCCUGUGACAACGUCAAAUAUUGUUUCCAACGGUAUCGGUUUCAACCAGGAUAUUCUGCAGGCCCCUGAUUGGCCGGUUAUUUUUAUCCUUCUCGGAGCUGGCUUGCUGAUCAUCAUCCUGAUGGUUAUCGCCCUUGUGCUGUUCCGGAAGUACGGCUGGUUGAAGGAUAAUUACCUUAACCCAUUCUACCGCGAUCGAACCCUCCGUUUCGACUUUGACAACUACGCCAGCAAGGGUUCCACCGUGUACCCUGUACGCAAAUACCACCGAAACAUGACCGCUAUACAGGCUGGAAACAUACCCGCCAUUCAAGCUUCAGCCACCCCACAGACGGAUGUUGGUGAAAGUGUACAGGAUGAGUUCUGGGAUUACGAUCGCCAGGUCGACCUGGAAGGCUUCAGCUCUCGUCGCGUGUAUGACACCCUCGCAAGACAGUCACGUGCCGUCACAAUGACCCUUGGAAAACAGAAAGACGAGGUGAAGCAGAUGUACCAGAAGGUCGCAGCUCAGACUGACUCCCUUAAAGCCCUCUGGGCAGCCAAGAUGAACCUACAGGGGACUGCGGCCCUGGCAACUGAAGAAGAUAUCCAGGACUACGAACGAAAACUCAGCGACCUUGAACACGAGCUGGCGCGCAGGAAGGAAGUGGGUCACAGGUUCCAGGCAAUCCUGAAUCAGCAGGAGUUCUUGGCCGGAGAGGACGAGAAGCAUAGAGAGUCUCAUCAGGUCAACUUCCAAGCUGCACUACGGGAGGCACACCGCACAUUAAAGGAUCACACUGAAAAACAGCAGCGAGGUCAGUUAGUGGACGCUAGCGGUAAGUUUGACACAGCCGGACAGCGAGCUAUGGAGAAUCGCGUGUCCUCUCUGAUUUCAAAAAUGUCCACGGAACUGACCAACGAGAGUGGGCGAUUGGGAUGCUGGGGCGUUCUAGGGCAGGGCACCGGUGCUCAGCUGUUGAACGGGAACCACCCGAUGUCACGCGAUGAAAUAUUCGGCAAAUCAUGCCCACUUGUCGAGACAGACAAAUCAACUGGUCUGCUGAGAGCCAAGACUGGCUCGCACAUGCUGUUGGGCGAUGGUUCCACACGUACAGUUCCCGAACACAACUUCAUCCAUCCUCAGACAGGAAACGUUCUCCCUGUGCAAGGAAAUGUGGCGUUUGACCCUGUGACCUCUAGACUGGUUUUCGUUGUGGAUUCUGCCACAGGAGAAGCUCCCAAGAACGAGGAUUCCUACAUUCCAUUCGUUCCUUACCCCACCCACAACGGUCAGUCUGUGCGCACAAAACUUGAGCCUCUUAAGCACGCCACAGACCUUCGAUACGGAGCCCCAAUGUCCGACCCAGAAACCAGCCUGCAUGUUCCGAUCCUUGCGGUUACAAUCCAUCCUUCGACUGGUGCAGUUUUGCCUGUCGGAGGCACGCACAUCGACAUAGUUACCGGUUUGCCCACGCCGAUAGAGGUUGGAUCGCUGAUGGUUGAUCCAAACUCCGGUCUGCCGGUUCCCAUUUUGGCAGUAGCAUUGGACAAUGAAUCAGGUGAGGUUGUUCCAGUUGGAGGUGUUCACCCUGACAACUCGCCAAUCCUUCCUGGUCAGACAUUUACCGACACUCUCAGCGGAAAACGAGUCCGAGUCCACGGCGGCCAUCUUGCCACGACGCAGGUCCAACCAUCGGCAGGCGGUUACCAAGCCUUGCUCAACUCUACCGUUCUUGCAUGCGAGGCUCGUGUUAAUGAUGCCAUCCGGGCUUAUUUGGAAGCAUUAAGCGCGUCCACGGACAAUGGGGUUAACGUUCGACACGAGGAAGCCACCCUCGAGUCAGCAAUUAAGGAGCUUGAGAACUCGCGCAACAAGAUGAAGGUUCAUCUGAUACGCACGCAACAGGACAUCAAACGUCGCCAGGAGCGGGCUAGUAUCCUAGCAACCACAGGAGGCUCACCUGGAAUGUACGAAUUUGAGAAGACAGGCCAGGUGUUACCAAUCUUGGUGGGCACAACGAUGACUGAUACUGCCGGCUCUGGACAGGAAGUGCCGAUCCUUGGGGCGGAGAAGCACCGAGUGACAGGCAAGAUUAUGCCCCUUGGUGGAACUAUGGAGGACCCAGAAGGAGCAGGUCUAGUGCCAAUCAGCAUAGGCAAGAAAGCGAUCGAUCCGAUUUCUGGCGAGUUAAGUCCGGUGAUAGGAGUGCGACUGAAUGCCGAGACAGACACUGUGGUCCCGAUAACGCUGUCUUCAAGCAGUCAUCGCAAGAAAGCAGCGCCACCUGGUGCUGCGGCCAUGUUGGAAGAAGAGAUCGUUGCCAGACGCGGCUACUGGCGACGACAACGGCAACGCGAGGAAGAGAUAACGGCAGUUGAGCACAACCUGGCACAAACAUUGUUGCGCGACGUCGAUAGUGUGACUGUGAAAUUCGUCGCUCGUGCUUUAGAGGAAAUAGACUCAGGUGCAAAUUCUCUUGCGGAAUCUGGCAAACGUGAGGUUCAGAGACGCGGUGCGGCAGAACAAGAGUAUAGUUCGGUGCUGCCACCAGAGGUUGUCGCGGUGUUGACUGAUUGUGAUGCCCGAGAGUGCGAGAUGGAGGAGGGGCAUGUUGGCGCACAUGUGAAGUUUGCAGACGCUGUGAGGAAGUUCUUCAACAAACUUCAGCAGGAGGAGAAGAAGUAUAAGGACAAAAUGGAGCAACUUCGGGGUGGCGACAAUGAUGAAGCUGAACAUGUUCAGAACCAGCGAUACCGACAGGCCAAAGAUCGUCUACUAGCCGAACUACAGGACCAAAUCAUAACAAGGGUUGAAAACCUUGACGAGGCACAUUCGGCUCUCGAGUACGCUCGACAACGCUCUGAGCUCUGUUGCCAGGAAGCAAAGGUGGUUCUUACCCACAGUGCAUUGCUUGCGGGUGAUUACGAUGCCCAAUUGAGCGGCGUUUAUGGCGACGCAGCUACGACAGAAACUGAGAAAGACUCUGAAUUGGUGCCACUGUUGAAACAGCUGAUAGCGAUGUUAGAGUCUGGUGGUCCGUUCUAUCUGUCCUCUGAACUUUUGAAUGUGAUCAAGAACGCUGCUGGCGGCAGUAACGUUCACACUAGUAACGUGCAUAAUAUAAACAUUGGCGGAGAGGACGGAAAUAAAGGACGGCAGGGUGGAAGUUCGCUUAGAGUAAGCAAAGAUGACGACUCUGGAAAAGAUAAGAAGAAAGUUAAAGCAGCUUUGGUUAAGAGCGCUAAAGAAGAUAAGAAUGAGAAAAAGAGAUCUAAAUCGGAGAAGGAAGCUGGUGAUUUGCAGGGAAAAUCCGGUGCCAAUUCUGAAGCUGCAUGGAAGGAACUCGUUCGUAAACUUUUCGAAAGGCAAGCCUACGAGGCGGCCAAACUUGAGAAUGAUCUCAAGUCAGACGAGAUUAACGGGAUGCAGGAUAUCAUCAACGAGACGGAGCGAAAGAAGAAGAACAUGAUGAACGAGGCUCGCGAGGACUUGAGACAGAAACUCGAGAAAUGUGACACUGAGAAAGAGCGCGAUAAACUCAUGGCAGAUUAUGCAGUGAAUCUGCAAAAGGUGAAUGACGCCUUUGACAAGCAGAAGAACCAACAGUUAGAGACUCUUAGAAAAAAAUUGUUGGAGAGCAGACGAACGCGUCGGAAGGAUCUGUACCGGAAACACUGCGAGGAGGCGCAGGCUCAGGGCGUUGGGAUUGACUCGGUACCCGACGUAAAUAUCCCUGGUUAUGACGAUCUGAUGAGGGAUUUGUUGCGACUCCAGGAGGACCAGGAAAGAGCUCUCGCAGAGAUGCAACGUGAGGGAGAAAAGGCGCGAAAUGAGGUUGAGGUGCCAGAAAUCGACAAUGAGUUUGAGCGAGCGAUCCGCAAACUUGACGUUGAUGACGCAACGAAACAGCAGAUGAUUGAUCAAGCGCGUCAGAAGAACCGAGAGCUCCAAGACAAGAUCGCCAGAAUGAAAGAUCAGCUUCAGCAGCGUAAAGAUCGCGUGAAACUGAGCAAACUUUCGGCAGACGAACAGAGCGGUCUGGCGGCUGAGGAUCAGGAGAAGUUGAUUGAUGCUCGCAGGAUUCAGAGCGAGGCUGAUCGCGAACGGGAAGAGCUGGCUCUUCUAGAGGCGCGACGAAUGGUUGAGAAGGAGCAGCAAAGAUUGGCUCAAGAACAAGCCCUCCGGGAUGCUCUCCGCAGCAAGAAAGAAGACGAACGCGACCGUAUCCUUGCCCUCUACCAAUCGGAGCUUGACAAGCUCGUUAGUCGUCAAGACGACGCAAGGCAGGCGCAGCGGGACAAGAUCGUUGGAAAGCUUGCGGCAAGAAAGCGUCUGCGUGAGGAGGUCGAGAAAGAACAAGCGGUGGCUAGAGAACUGGACAGAAUUACCAAGAGACACGUGACGCAAGGCGACCAGGACACGGCAGACGUCAUUAUGGAUAUUAACGAGAAGGUCAACGGUGACAACCUGACGCCUGAGCAAGUCAAGCUUCUGGAGGAACAAGAACUUGAGGCUGAGAAGCUAGAAUCUCGACAGCGGGAUGAACAACGCGGGAUGAACCGAACGUUCAAUGAGGAAAUGGUGACAGAGGAGAUGGAGGUUGACAACCAGAUUCAGGAGCAGAAACGUCUGGCAGUGGCAGAGCAGAAGAACAAGUUUGAUCGUGACAUGCUGCUCAAUCGUCAGAGCAUGACGGAGGAAGAAUAUCGUCGUCUGCUGGCCGAUCAUCAGCGGGAACUUGAGGCGCUGGUCGCCAAUAUGGAUCUCGAGAAGGAUCGUCAGAAACGUGCCAUCAAGGACAAGAUUCUGGAGAGACGUAAGAAGCGCGACGCUCAACUUGAAGAGAAACAUCGUCUGGAAAUGGAGGAGGAGAUGACGAGACAACAACAAAAGCGAGACAAACUUAACGACCAGAUCGCGCGACAGGUCGAAGAUGCAGAGCUGAAAAAGAAUGUCAAGAAUAUCGAUGGCGACAAAGCAGAGAACCUGAUAUACACUGUGCUCCGACAGCGUCACCUUAAAGAGGCGAUUCACCUCGAGGAUCAACUGGCAAGGGAAAUGGCCGCCGCAAAGAGACGAGCGAGGGCAGAAGUGGAGCAGAGUCGACAGAAGGAACGCGAGGUGCUCAUGCAGGCGUUUGAACAGGAAAUGAUGGAUCUCGUGGCAAAUUCAAAGGGAAUGAGUGAAGAGGAGUUGAAUGCUCGAAAACAGGACCUAAAACGAGAACAAAAGCGCCAGAGGCUUGACUUUGACAAGCUGACAGAGAAACUUGUACAGCAAGCUGAGAAGGACAUCACGCCAAAGAUGGAGAUCCAACAGACGCACCAGCGACUUGAACUCAAAGGAAAACAACUCCAGGAACUCUCUGAUGCCAUGCAGGCUUAUUCUCCUUCGGAGGAAAUGAAGCAGAAGUACGCGGAGGAGGCUCGGCUAGCCGCGCUUGAGGCAGAAAGGUUCAGGAACGAGGUGCUGCGAAAAAUGGAGGAAGAGUUUGCGAGAAGAAAGAAGGAGGAAGAGGAAAGGGAGGCAGAGAAGCAGCGGAAGUUGGAGGAACAUUACAGACGUCUACAGGCAGAGCUGGAAGACGAACAGCGUCGUGAAGAGCAGCGACUUCGCGAACGUGAUGACGAGAAGUUCCGUCUGCGACAGAAACAGCUCGAGGAAAGACGCAAAAACGAGGAAGAAUCCAUUCUUAAGUCGCAGGCCAGCGAGUCCGAAAAGCAACGUCUGCUGAGAGAGCACGAGAGCAAUAUGGAGAAACUUCGUGAUAACUUUAUGGACGAGCAGGAGAGAUCCAAGAUGGCUCUGGCAUCCAAACUGGCAGCGAGAAAAAAGAAACGUCAUGGAGCAGAAUACGCCAAAUUCUCAAAGCAAAUGCAAAUGGAGGAGGAUAACUUGCAGCGUAAAAACCUUGAUCGGAAAUCUCAGGAGAGUCAGCUUAUGGGAGAUAACUCCGCGAACAAGACGGACACGUCCACAGUGCUAAUUGGCGAGUUGCCAACAGGUGUCGUGAAACCGAGUGGAGACAAGAACGGAAAGGUGUCAUCGUCAGGUUCCCUUGGAGUGGAAUUGACCGGUAACCAGGAACAAGACUGGGUGAAUCUCCUAAUGGCGUCACCACUCUUCAAACAGAUCAAUGAUCUCGCGGACAUGCUGGAGAAAUCUGAAGCUACAAUGGAGGAACCUGUUCGCCCGCAUGUCAAAGGUGGUGACUACACAACGCCAUACAUCGAUGUCAAGGACGCACAGUGGACAUGCCGUGGUGACCUUAGCCCAGUGGACAUUGGUCAAAUCUCGUCUAGUCAGUUUGUCGUGUAUAGAUUUGGUGUUUUCGUUAUCAAACUUCUCCAUGAGCAGAUUGGUACGCCAGAAACUACCUUACUUCUUGCCUCAAAUCUUCCACCAAACAACUACGAACGCAAUGCGUUCCGCAACUCUAUAUACUACGAACACGCAAGAAACAUUCUGUUUGUGCGCAAGGAGAGAAUUGACUCUAUCGGUGAAUUUGUUGUGUUAAUUCUGCAUUCAAUGGCUCACGUGAAGUGUGGAGAAAUGACGGAUGAUGGAAAUGCUCAGUUCUUGAGAGUUUUCUACAAGUGCCUAAAGGUCGUUUGUCAGGACAUGUUCUUCUCUCGCACCAAAUCCACGCCGACCACUCGUCACGUGACGGAGCAGGUGACAGGCCAGCAGUCGACCAAUGGCAGGCCAGCGUUGGAGCAGGCCCUAGCGCCACUCACAAAGAAGAUGGAGGAUCGAACUAACACCGUCGGCGAGCUCGUAGACAUGAAGGUUGAGACACCAGGACGUGCCGAAUUCUCACCACAGCAAAUAAAUCGCAGAAUGUACGGCUAUGAAAACAUGUCGAGCACUGCAAGAUUACGGCAGUACCUGGAAUCCAAGGGAGGCUAUCUAGCAACAUCAGAUUUCAUCGCUAACCGCAUGAAUGAGCUGAGAGGGUCUGGUCCAUUGGUCACCUCUAAACCUAGUCAUCACAGAAAGCCACCGCCACCUCCACCAAUAGUCACGCAGCGAGACGUCGUAGAUACGCAGCUUGUAGAAUUCCAAACAACAAACGACGCGCUCAACGAAGAACUUGCAGACGUGCUAAAAAUGGAGGCGGGCCUUCGUGAAGGAAUACGACACAUGGAGCAGGACUCGUCUCAAGCAAAUCUCGUGAGAGAAGCGAGUGAAGAACUGGAGAAACAACUCGUUAGGAAGAACGAUCUCUUGAAACGCAUCGCAACCAUCGAGGCUGACAUUUCAAAGAAAGAAAAGGAGUUGCGGGCCAAGAAAUAAAUAAAUUGAUGUGUUUUCAUAAACUUUUUUGAUUAAAUAUGGACAUACAAACAUAAACAAUAGCCCAGUUUUAACCAAACCAUGAAUCACACAUAUAUUCCUAUUAGUUGGAACAUUUGACAUUACAAAUGCUCCGUAAAAAAAUAACGAAAUAAUUAAUCAAGUACAUUUUAGUUGAAAAAUAACAUAAAUUGCAUCUUUGAAUUUAUUAUUUUUUAAUUUUUGUUUCAAAUGAAACAAAACUUAUAUACAACAAUCUGUAUGCUUACAUUAGAUCCACUACUAUAAAUAAUUAUCAUUAUAUUCUCAAAAGAAAUACUGUGUAUAACUUCAUGGAAGUUUAGUGAUUUAAUCUUUUGCGGUUAAAGGUUGAACAGGGCUAAAUGAUCACUAAUCCAUAUUAUAUAUGUUUGUUUAGAAUAUUACAUACUUAACAUGUGAAUGAUUUAAACCAAGAAAUGAAGUAGUAAAAAAAUACAAUGUUGUCGGCCCAGGGCACUGUUUUAACUACAAGAUAUCUAUCUGAAUUGAAUUCUGAGAAUGUGCCCCACUUUGCUGUGGUUUAAUACUUUAGAAAAAUAACAUGUUGUCACUAAGUCUUAUUUUCAAGGAUUGUGUGCAUUGAAAAUUGAAGAAUCGAUGUGUUUUAACUCUGGUCAUUACUGUUACGCUACUGUGAUAUUUUAAGGCCUUUUUCUGUGCGAUAUUUUGUGAUAUACGUUAGCUGUGUUCUAAGUCUUGACUCGACUUUAUAUCAAAAUGCCUUUUCGUUAAUGAUCAGAUGCAAAAUGGAUUCAUUCUUUUCUUUUUUUCAAACGUAAGCCUUGAUUAAUACAUUCAAAAUAAAGCAAUGAGGAAUUGAGCUCAACUUACAAUUUUCUAACACAAAAUGAAAGUUUUGUUGUGAUGCAGUGUAUUCUUUAUAGCAUUUGAAUUAAUAGUUUAUAACUUAACCAUCACAAAAUAUGUUCUUUAGAAAAUUAGUAUGAAGAAAUGCUUUUUUAUUUUAACCAACAAAACAAAAGAACUAUACACUUUAUAAUUGAAAUUGCUUUUGAAGAAGACAUUGUUAUCAAUAUUUUUUCUGAAGUAUCAAACCUGCUUCUUACAUCUGACAACAUCAAAGUACUAAUGAAUGUCUAUGAAUGACAAUCAAUAAUAAAAUCUACAUGUGUCACAUAUAUGGUAUUUGAAUGUUUGUGCAAUUAUAAAUUUUGAUGCAUUUAGCAAUACUUCUGGAGAUUUUUUUCAAUAACAGUAAGUCAAUAGUGGACAGUAUAACUGUUCUGAUGUUGUAUUUAUGCAUUUUACCUUUUUGUAAAAUUGUGUGCAGCUAUCUUUUAUUGCUCGUGAAUUGAUCAUGUUAUUUAAUACAACGUUUCCCACAAAAGUACAAUAUAUAAUUGUUAUAUUUACAGAUUUAUUUUUUAACUGUAUAUUUGACUACAUAAUAUACAUUUUAAUUGAUGUUUUUGUUGGUAAACUUCACCUAUUACAAAAUUGUAUCACAUCAAAUUCACAAAAGUAAAAUAUAUACUUUUUAUUCUGACAGAUUUAUUUAUAAUACUGUAUAUUUGACUUCUUUAUAGGUAUUUAAAAGCUAUUUAUGUUUGUGUUGGUAAACUGCAUUUAUUACACAAUUUUAUUCCGUCCAAUUUAUUUGUAUAUUUACAUACAUUUAUUUGUAAUGUUCAUAUUGAAAAAAAACACAUAAUAAUGACCAAAAGAAUAUUAAAAAAAACUAUUUAGUAAACAAAAUAUUCAAUACAAUUCGUAUUUAAAAUAAAACUAGUACCCAAAUAUUUUGUACGAAUAGUAACCUCUUUAUUUUUGCUUGUACAUAUAUAUAGUUCACUCAUGUUUUUUAAAAUAUAAUUCCCUAUGUUCAACACAAAUUUGCUGUCCACUUAUUGAACAAUACUUUGUUUUAGUUUACACGAAAUGUGAUGCAUUUAUUUACAAAUUUUACAUCAGAAAAUAUUAUGAAAAAUAAAGUUACGUUGUUAAUAAAUUAAAUUAAUAAACAA